CCAAAACAUCAUGUUAGACAACAAAUUUGGUAGAAAAAGUAGUUCAAUACGCAAUAAUGCUAUGUAGUAAUUACUGAAUUUAUGAAUUUAGCACCAAAAUAUCACGAUAUAUUGAAAACAUUGACUCCAAAAAUGUGUUGGAUUAUCCAGAAUGUUGGAUAAGUGAGUGUUGGAUAAGUGAGAUUCUACUGUAUCUUCUGCCUGAGCCAGCCACAGGGGUCUUUGCCCCCUUGGUGACACCACUGAGGAAUUUCCUGGAAUCUGUGGUUGAGCAAAAUCUGUAGACAAAGGUGACAAUCAAGUGCCACUGCGUACACAUAUGGAUCAGCAGCUGGUUUCUACUCUUCAUCUAAUAUCAUCAGCUGAUUGUCUCCAUCAGGCUGCUAGAUGGCUGGCAACGGAAACAGAGACUCAAGUAGGACAAUGAGUGAGCGCACUUUCAUAGCUAUCAAGCCUGAUGGAGUGCAGCGAGGCUUGGUCGGAGAAAUUAUCAAGCGAUUUGAACAGAAGGGAUUCAAACUGGUAGCCAUGAAAUUCAUGCAUGCCUCCGAAGAUCUCCUGAGAGAACAUUACAUUGACCUGAAAGAUAGGCCAUUCUAUGCUGGUUUAGUUAGAUAUAUGCACUCUGGACCUGUUGUAGCCAUGGUAUGGGAAGGUCUUAAUGUGGUAAAGACUGGGAGAGUAAUGCUGGGAGAAACUAAUCCUGCAGACUCCAAGCCAGGGACCAUUCGUGGAGACUUCUGUGUACAAGUUGGCAGAAAUAUAAUUCAUGGCAGUGACUCUGUAGAAAGUGCUGAGACAGAAAUCAACUUAUGGUUCGCUCCUGAAGAACUGGUUGACUACACAAGGUGUGAUCAUGCAUGGAUCUACGACUGAAACCUAGCAUGCUAUCCUAGGAUAUCUCUUUGUUCCAUUGACUACUGGUCUAUAAACAGUCCCUACUGCUAUUAUUCUUUAGGGUUGUUUUCCUCAACACACUUUCAAGUAUAUUUUUGGAAGUAUUACCUAAGUUUCAAAGUAUAUAUGUAAUAAUGUUUGCUAUUUUGCCUCAAGAAAAAGGUUCUAAUUAUUGAAUUUUUUUUCUUAUUUAUUUGCUGUCUAGUCCAUUUAUUUUAUUUUUCUGCAUGAAGUAUAAUUAUUUUAGUAUUGAGAACAGAAAAUUUCAAAUGAACCUCUGAAAAUAAGUACAAUAAAACUGAUUAAAUAAAAAUAAAUGUUAUUCCAUUUUAUAACACCACAAAUGAAAUACCUGAAGUGGCUGCCUCACUCUACCUAAUAGGAGGCCUGGCACAGAAUGCUAAUACUUAAUUCUGUAUUUCUUCAGUUCUAAGACAUCAUCAAUUGUAAGACGCACACUACUUUUACUACCACCAACAGAAAAAAGUUUUCUUAUGCAUAUGUAUAUACACACAAAAAUACUUGUGGUUCUACGAUGCAUCACAUUUUAGAGAAGUUUAUAUGGGGGGAGUGCAUCUUAGAAUCAAAGAAUACAAUAUUAUAGUUUAAAAUUAAUUGUAUUUAAUGGAUUCAACCCAACAUUUUAGACUAAGCUUAUGCUUAUGUAUUUCAAAGGUGAUACAGUAUACCCUGGUUGCACAACAAAUCACACAAAUGAUUUGGGGUAUAACUAGUAUAUUACCUAAGACUGAUUCACAGAGGAGUUGUUAAAGUUUGAAAUGUUAAAGGAUGGAUGCUAUAAGACAAAUGAAAACAUCAUAAGGUUAUUGAAGUACUGUGUAACUAACUCCAUAUUGAAGAAUGAUCAAAUUUGUGCUAUAAUGAGGUUGUAUGUAGUGUAGCAAAUGUUAGUAAGGAUAGCCACAUUAUUUCAAUGUAAAAAGAAUAUGUCUUGAAACACUUUGAAGAGUAAUAAUAAAUAAUAAAAUAAUAAAACUUUAUUUAUAUACCGCCCUAUCUCCCAGAUGGGACUCAGGGCGGUUUACAGUCAUAAAAGCAAACACAAACAUUACAUAACAUCAUAAUACACAUUAUUGAACAAAGUAAAAUAAUACAAUUAUAACAAUAAAUCACACUUACAUGACAAGAUCAAGGGGACUGGAACCAUAAAACCAAUAUAUUAAAAUGUAUCAUUUUAGGCUAGGGAAAUCUUGUGCAAUAUAUUCAGUAACCUAUAUUAAUUUUUCAGCAUAAUUUUUGCUGACUAAGGACUUAUUUUGAUGCAACGUUUUCAAAUGUUAAGUUGAAUGUUGUUUUUGCUUCAAUUGGAUAUGCCUUGGGUUAGAAUAUCACUUUAAAAAUAAAACUUUACACAGA